ACAUUUGUACAUAUACCAUAUAUUUGUAAAGAAAGAGUAUAAGCAACAUAAUAUUUAAUUUUUUUUAAGUAUAAAAUCUACUAUGUCUAACACAUUUGAAGAUAUCAGAAGUAAUUUUGCCGAUGCUGAAUGGCAAUUUUGGUGUAGACUCUGUGCUAAAGAUGAUGUACGAAAUAUCAAUAUGUCGCCAGAGCAAAACCAAACUCCAGUUGACACAAACGAUACACUUGUAGAUUUCAUAGCGGAGUUUUUUAAAGUUCAUAUACGGCAAAAUGAAAAUUUACCACAUUGGCUUUGUGCACAAUGCUUUUCAUCGGUAUCGGCCUUGUCGAAAUUCACAAAUCAAGUGAACAGAGUACAAAGUAUGUACAAUGAAAUACAAAGUACCGGACAUAGAAAAGCGGAAGAUUUCCGGUUUAUCCGAGAAAAAUAUAACUUAUUUGGAUAUGAGUUAUUUAUGUUUGACAUAUCGGAUACCAAACCAUCUAUUGAAAAUAUUUUUGUUGCUGAUGCACCAGAAAUAAUUGAACACCAAUCAUUGGAUAGCAUUGUAAAACGUGAAGUAAUAACGGAUGAAUUACAGAGCGGCAUCUUUCUUAAUGAAGGCGAAUAUAAUAGUGAAUUCCAAGAUCCCAUUGGCGCAGUUGAGAAUCAUACUAACGAAGUAGGUGGUCUUGAAUUCCCAAGUAACAGCAUAAACGACAGUAAAACAGAAGCAACUAGCAAAGUAUAUAGCAAACUUCAUCGACUGGAAAGGCGUAAAAGUUCUUCCGUUGAGGAGUUGAAUGUAAACAAACACUUUUGUAUCAAAUGCUCACUACAUUUCAAAAGCAGGAACUAUUAUCUUAUACAUAUGAGGAAAAAACAUGGUGUUGAAACACCAUCUAGUAGCAUUUCUUGUCCACAAUGUUCCAGAACUUUUAAAUCUAAAUUUAAUUUAAAACGACACGUAAAGAUACAUCGACCUGUAGCGGAGAAGAAAAUAUAUCCAUGUCCACAAUGUGAUCGAAAAUUCCAAACGAAAGAUUAUGUAUUUCGACAUAUUAAGUUUGUGCAUGAAGAAAUUCGCCCGUUCAUUUGCGAAGAAUGUGGUGAAGGUACACACACCGAAACUACACUGCGGGAGCACAUGCUUAAACAUACGGACUAUGCCCCUUUUGAAUGUGAGAUUUGUAAGAAAGGAUUUAAAACUCAAGCACGUUUGAAGAAUCAUAUGGAGAUGCACAGCGACCAUAAACAUAUAUGCAGCGAAUGUGGUUUAGAAUUGAACUCGCGUAUAACCUUGAAUCGUCAUAUGCUUGUCCAUUCUGAUGAAAUGCGUCAUAAAUGCGAUUAUUGUGGGCGCGAAUUCAAACGAGCGAAAACUUUAAAAACUCACUUAAUACUUCACAGCGGCUUAAAACCAUAUUCAUGUGGCUUUUGUGACAAAACAUUUGCCAGUGGUUCCAAUUGUCGUACUCACAAAAGAAAGUCUCAUCCCGAAGAAUUGGCGGCCUUAGAGGCUUCCGGAGAAAAGAAAUUCACCAAAAAUAUCCCUAAAUUAGCGGUUUUAAAGACAGUUACACGCACAGCUGAGAAUCUGCUUCCCGUCGUAUCCAAACAAAGUGGAAAUUUUUCUUUCGGCAAGAAACCGAAGCCCCCAUCUAGUUUUAAAGAUGAAACACAACAAUAUAUAGAAAAUAAAACAUAAUGUGUGUUAUAACUUAA